AUGACACAAGAAGAGCUUGCAAAAUGGGCAAAAGAAAAGUUUGGUCUUGAUAAUGCUCCCAACCAAGCAACACUUUUACGAAUCCUUGCCAAAAAGAAUGAAAAAAUUUGGUUGACUGGGAAGUUAAUAUGUGAAAAAGGAUGUAAAUUGGCUGAACAAAUUGGUCUUGACCCUCAAGAUUGCAAUACACCUGAUUUUCUGUUCUUAUUUGAGCAACAUUAUAAUUUUAAAAUGUAUAAAAUACAUGGAGAAAGUGGGUUCACUGAUAAUAAAGCAAUCAAAAAAAGCUUGCCUGAACUAUAUGCAAAUCGACACAUUCUUCUUUUUAUUGAUGGUGCCACUUCGCAUGCAAUUGGUAAUGUAGAUCUUACUCAUAUAAAGGUUGUUAUUUUACCUCCAAGAACUACCUCAAGGCUUCAACCAAUGGAUGCAAGCAUUAUUGCUGCCUUCAAACAUCGAUAUCAUCAUUUUUUAUUGCAACAUGCUAUUGAUCAAACUAUUACAAAUUGUUUUCACCAUACUGGCUUGUUUGAUUAUAAAAUAACUACUGCUAUUCAUGAAGUUCAUCCAAAUGAUGAGAAUUCAUCUGUUCUUGCAGAGUUGGAAGAAUCACUCCAAAUAUUGUCCCCCUGCCACCCUAUGAGCAUUGCUUAUUAUACAAACCCACCAGAAGAAACAGACAUAAUACAUCAAGAAUUCACAGAUGCUGACUUACUGGCAUCAAUAACUCCAGAAAAUGAUAAUACUGAUAGUAUAAAUGAAAGUAAUUCUUCUUUUAUUACUCCUUCAAACUCUGUUAGACUCAAUGCUAUUCGUACUGUAAUCAGUCUUCUUAAUACAACUAUUUCUGAUCACAAUACUGUGCUUAGAACAUUGUGUUUAUUACAAUGA